CAUCAUUUCCGCUUCGGUGUUGCCGAACUUCCGGGACGUAAAGUUUCCGUUGAGAGGAAGUUUAUUGAGCGGUGUUUAGUUUUGCACACGGAGAGAAUCAGCAUGUUCCCCAGUGUGAUUUCACCGAAACUGUGUGUUCAGAACCAGAACCAGACCCAGGCGGGGAUUGUGGUCGGAGAUGCGGUGCAUUCGGGAGUUUGGUUGGUCAUAGACAGCUCUCUGGUGCCGGAGGAGAAGCGCCUGGAGACUCCUUCCAUGCUGGACGGACUGGAGCUUCACAGCGAGACCGAGCUCAGGAUUGUGGGCUGUGAACUGAUCCAGUCCGCGGGGAUUCUUCUCAGACUGCCUCAGGUUGCCAUGGCGACAGGACAGGUCCUCUUCCAGAGGUUCUUUUACUCCAAAUCUUUCAUCAAACACAACUUUGAGAUCGUGGCAAUGGCAUGUGUGAAUCUCGCCUCUAAGAUUGAGGAGUGUCCGAGGAGAGUACGUGACGUCAUCAACGUGUUCCAUCACCUGAAGCAGGGAAGAAGAAAAAGGAGUGCUCCACUGUACCUGGAUCAGAAUUACAUCAACACUAAGAACCAGGUGAUCAAAGCUGAACGUCGUGUGCUGAAGGAGCUCGGCUUCUGCGUUCAUGUCAAACACCCACACAAGAUGAUUGUUAUGUACCUGCAGGUGUUGGAGUGUGAGAAGAAUCAGACUCUGGUGCAGACGGCCUGGAACUACAUGAACGACGCACUCAGAACGGACGCAUUCGUGAGGUUCGAACCGGAGACCAUCGCGUGUGCCUGUAUCUACCUGGCUGCUCGAGCUCUGCAGAUUCCUCUCCCUAUGAAGCCACACUGGUUCCUCCUGUUUGGCGCGUCGGAGUCGGAUAUCAGGGAAAUCUGCGUCAGCACGCUGAAGCUCUACGCCAGGAGUAAGCCGGAUGUUGCUGAGUUGGAGAAGGAGGUGGAGAAGAGAAAGGCACAUCUGGAGGAGGAGAAGCUGAAGGUGAAGGGAGUGAACUACAGCCUGACUCCAGCUCUCAACCACACAAACACCUUCUCUCCUGCUUCUAAACCUGGUUCUCCGGGGGAGAUGAAGACAGAAGAAAACGGGAAACAGGUGAAAGAGGAUCAGCACCUGAAGUCCAGAAGCCCCAUCAGCAGUAUGAAAAAGGAGGAGAGUGGAGUUGUGCAGAAUGGUCACACUGCCUCCAGGGGGCGCUCUGCAUCCCCCUCCCCUCACACACGUCGGAGUCACUCAGGAACCUACAGCUCUCCCGGCAGCCGCAGCCCGUCACCACGGCAACGCCCAAGCCAAAGGUCACAGCAAGGUCGGCGGGAUCAGAGCCACCAUAGGGACGGAGGGAGCCGCUCCAGUAGCGACUCGCGGGGCCGUCACCGCGACGACGGGAAACGAAGGGUCGAGCACUGGGCGAGGAGAGACCGGGAUCGGUCACGUGAUCGUGAGAGGUCACAUGCUCACGGGCAUAAACACAAGAGCGGAACACGCUCGUCACAUUCCCGCCACCGUAGGUAAACUUUGUCUCGCAGGAUUCUGAUUGGCUAAUUUAGGGAACCAGUAAGAAUAUAGAGGAGGUGGGGUUUCGAACAGAAGACGGGAUUUGAUUCGCUGGAAUCUACACCAGUCAGAACCUGCAGGAUGUUCGCAGGCUCACAGCGCUAUUGGCUAACAUUUAUAUAGCUAACAUUACAGAUAGGGCUAGGAGAUGUGACCAAACACACACACACACCACAAACAAAUUGGCUGCCUAUGUACCUUAUCCAUAACUCCACCCCUUGUGUAUUUUCACUGGUUGUUAUAGCCAAUUAAAAUCCUUUCAGCCCCGAGACGUGACUUCUGGUGGAUGGAGCUUCGUUUUAAAAUUUGGAACUGUUAGAGAGCCUAUUGGAGGACGAUGAGGACUUCCUGUCCUGUCCAGUGGCAUGCUGGGAAUGCAGGAGGCGGGGCUUAGUCAUUACAGAGCUUCAUAUUGAAGAGCUGAAUUUGUGCCUUUUUAUUUUCUUUUAUCUGUCAGACUUGAAAAUGCACACAAGUGAACCGAGGAAGCGCGCGUGUGUGUGGGGGGUGGGGGGGGAAGCCAGAUGUGUGGUGAUGGAGCACAGCUGGAUUUCUGCACUCUGUCCUUCACACUGCAUCACUUUUACAUCACAUACAUUAUGUUUGUACCUUUGAUAAGGUUUUCUGUUUUAAUAAAACGUUUCUCGCUCGA